CGGGCUCUCCAGAUCCAAGGGCUCCGAGGGCAUGCAUGAUGAGUAAGGGCAAGCAAGGCUUGGUAUAAAAGCCCAGCGAGCGAACAGUCGUCCGUCCCCUGCUGCAGAAAACUUUAGAACUUCCAUCCUUCGCCGCUGGCUCAAGCAAACUGCUGAUAGCUCUCUCGCAUACAGUCCCCAGGCUCUCUGAACGAUGCCGUCCGUAACGAAAUACACUUGGAGUCUAUUGCUUGGCAACGUUGCAGGCAACGCCUCCCCAAUACACGCUGCUUUGGUGCAUGUUCCGGCAACUCUGUAUCCUUUCGCUUUUGCAGCUGACAUCAUAGGCCUUGCCAUGGAGAAGUUUCCCAUGACUGCCCUCCGCCAAUAUGCCACUUCCCGCGGCCUUUACGCCUUCAGUUACUACGCCACUGCCGCUGCUCUUGUUGCGACUAUCCCAACCGCCAUCACUGGACUCGCAGAAUACUUUGCCAUCGAUGGAGUGAGGAACCCUGCCGCCCAGAAGACGGCAAGGUGGCACAGUGGAUUGAAUGUUGUUGCAAGCGGUAUCGCUCUUUUCAACUUCCUCGCCAAGCGCAAGGCCGUUGACUUCCAGCCUUACCGAUUCAACGUCCUCCUUUCUGGCGUUGGUCUUGCGGGAAUCAUUGCCAGCUUGUACCUCGGCGGUCACCUCGUUUACAAGCACGGUGUAGGAGUUCGCAGGAUGGGAAUUAGCCCCGAUGACAAGCUUGCUGGAAACCCCAACGCCGACCUCAAGAGGGACCUGGCCUUGCCGACCAUCGGCAAGAAGGAUGAGCAAUAGACGUCAGUCUACGUUCGGUCUGGAUUCUAGGUUGUCAACGCUGAGCGCGCCGAUAUGUCAGUCAUCGAGCUGGAACCGGGAAGCAUGUUUGGAUAUCGUAAAAUCCGUCCUGGUGGCGUCCGAAGGGAGACGUGAGGUGUUUUUACGCCUUCCAGUUGUAAUCAUGUCCGUUAUCAUUUUCAUGUUAUGUAUUGUUUUUGGGACAUGUAAAAGUCAUACGAAUCAUCGAGUCUAUUCAUGAUACUACGUCUUUC